AUGGGAGCCAUGGCGCAAAUAGCGCCGUCGCCGCCCUCCCCCUACGCGGGGAUUCCACCCAGCAUAGCGUCGAUACGAGGCCUUGCAUGUCUCAAGACCCCAUAUCGAGACGUGUUUUUCUUUCCAACGAAUACCCUUACGACCGCAAACACGGCCCUCAUAUCGUAA